CAGGUGGCAUGGUGAGAUAUUCUGCUUCUUUUUAGCACUGUUCACCACCCUCAGUCUUCCCUAUGUCGCCCCAUUCAUUCUCUAUUAGAUCUGUGCGGCCACACGCUCGGACGCUAGUUUCUUGCUCUGCUGGCUUCUCCAGGCCAGGCGGGGCUGAGAUCCGAUCUCUAGAUGAUCUUCUCAGAGCCAUCCAGCCUCUUAAUAUCCGGCUUUACGAUGCCGCUUCUCUCCGAAAUCCUCAGAAAGUGGGCGAGGGAGCAUGCUACACUGUGUUUAGAUACACCGACACUGGAAUGAAGGAGGCUGUUGCCGUCAAGCAGAUCAAGCUUCCCGACGAUUCCAACAAUCACCAAGCCUUCCGGAACCGAGUAGAUUGUGUUCUGAAGGACAUUGAGGUUAUGUGUCAUCCUCCAAUUGCCCAGCACGAGAACAUCUUAACGCUAUUGGGCUACGGAUGGGGCCUGCACGCAGGAGAUGUCAUCCCCUUCAUCGUAACUGACUUUGCCGCUCUCGGGACUCUUCGCGACUAUCUUCAGGCGAAAAGGGUCAGUAUGCAAUCAAAAUUAGCCCUUUGUAGCCAGGUUGCGUGUGGCUUGAACAGGCUACACUGGGCCAGUGUCGCGCAUGGCGACUUGAAACUCGACAAUGUCCUAGUGUUCCGCAACCGCACUGGAGAAGGCGCCGGGACUUAUGAGACCCAAGUAGUAGCGAAAUUGUCGGAUUUCGGACAUGCCUGCCUAUUUAGCGACGACCAAGGAGAUGGUGUGACCCAAACAUAUUUGGGCACUCCCUGGUACCUAGCUCCCGAGCUGCGUCAGGGAACCAGCCUUAAGUCGGUUGAGUUCCUCGCCUGCGAUAUCUGGGCUCUAGGGCUUCUGUGCUGGGAAGUUGUCCGAGACGGUGUUCGAUACUUUCGACUGCCAGAAAUUUCAGCGCUCUUAGGGCAUUCAGAGCUUUUCGAAGAAUCAUCACUGUCAGCCGAUACUUUGGGGCGCAUAUUCGACUUGUGUCCUGCUCUUGCCGAGGCAGCAACAACCUCAAUAUACGAGCCUCCCUACAAUAGUGAAUUUCGUCCCUUUCAACAACAAUUCAUCAAUGGUAUCCUCCGGAAGACGCUACAAGUAGACCCUUCGAAAAGGCAGCGUGAUAUCACCAAGCUACCUUUCAUAUUUGGAAGCGGACUUCAUUUGGGGUUGAUGGAACGAAUGGAACGACAUCACUGAAACGCCAUCAAUUAACGGUCACAUCUUACAAGAGGGUUGGUCUUACGAUAAUUUCGUUCCGCGAGUUGCCAGUCGCAUACCCUUCCGCGUGAAGGCGCAAUUGGUAC